UCUGAUUAGCUAGCCGCGAGAGAAAUGAUUUGUGCUUUGUAAAGGAGAAGAGGGUUGAAAAUGAAAAUUGUCAGAGCUGACUCAGAUGAGAUGAUUGAGUGGGGGUUAGAAUAGGGGUCGAGUCCUUUUUGACUGGUGUCUGCCUCUUUUGCGCGUGUAGGCUGUCAAAAGAAACCCAAAGAACCCUCUCGGAGAUAUUAAUCUCCCCUCUCUGAUGGAAUCUGCCACCUUCAUCAGUGGCAUCGUCAAGGGAGAGAGAGAGAAAUACUCUGAUCCACCACCUUGACUUGCAAUUACUGAAGGCUCUCUCACCCUCCUGUCGCUCCAGGAGACUUCCCUUUUGAGUAUUUGUGCUGUUCCCAGUUGUGGUUUGGUCAAGUGGGUAUUGACCCAAAGGUACUUGUCUUGGUUAGUACAAAUUGCGCAUAGAAGCGGCCAAGUCAUCAAAAGCUGUGUACUAACUGAACCAAGCAACAGAGGAAAGAGAAACUGAGCGUGAGAGAGAUGGGUUAGAGGGUGAUGUUGAGAAAGAAGUGAGAGUGGCUCAUCUUUUUCUAAAGUCUCUGGUUCUGGUUCCGUUUUGAGGAGUUGGGGCUGGGAAGGGUGAGAAAGAUGGAAGUGGAAGACCUGGAUGACUGCAGACACUUUUGCGAGAGAGAGCACCAAAAGCAGCUUCCAGAUUUCACAGAGCUCGUUGCAGAUCAAUAAAGGCUAAGUUGCAAGUAUUCUCUCCCUCUCCCUCUCCCUCUCCCUCUUUCUCUCUCUCUCUCUCUCUCUCUCUCUCUCUCUCUCUGUCAUCAUCGAAAGCUGGAAGAAGAAGAGGAAAAGCACGAGGGCCUGAGUCUGGAUCCUCAAAGGAAUCAACACUAUCAUCACUUUUAUCAUCAUCUUCAGCACAAUCCUCUUCAGAACUCAAGGCAUGUAGGGCAAGAAGCUCAAGAACAAGACCAAGAAGCAGAGGAAGAAGAGCAAGAACAGAAUCAAGAAUCGGCAAAGCAACACCACCACCACCACCAGCUAGACGCUCACCAACUGUAUUUUCUCGGCACACAAGCCCAACAAGACCACCCCCAGAGUUUCUGCUAUGGAAGAUUAGAGGAAGAGACCACUCAAUCUUCACAGCAACAAGCGCAGCCACCCAAAAAGAGGUCCUAUAAUCCCUCCUCAGCCCCACUAGCCUUCGCUGACCAGACCUCCGAAUAUGCAAGAAAAAUGGGAGACAACCACCAUCCCCAACAGGCGGCCGCUACUUCUUCACGAUUGGGAAUGAGGAGAGGCGGCGGCGGUGCAGGAGAGAUCGUGGAGGUCCAAGGAGGCCACAUUGUUCGGUCCACCGGGAGGAAGGACCGGCACAGCAAGGUGUGCACCGCCAAGGGGCCGAGGGACCGCCGCGUGCGGCUGUCGGCCCACACCGCCAUCCAGUUCUAUGACGUCCAGGACCGGCUCGGUUACGACCGCCCGAGCAAGGCCGUGGACUGGCUCAUCAAGAAGGCCAAAACCGCCAUUGACGAGCUCGCCGAGCUCCCUGCUUGGAAGCCUACCGCCACCGCCGCCGCGACCCGUCAUCCGCAGGCAACGGAUGAGCGGGAGAGCCCGGUGGAUAUCCACCAGGCGGCUGUGGACGCGGCGGCGGACGAUAUCCGAAAUUUGCAGCAGCAGCAGCAGCAGCAGCAGCAGCAACAAAUCAACAGCCACCACCAGAGCAACCCCAACACCACCAGCUUCCUACCUCCAUCUCUGGACUCGGACUCCAUCGCCGACACAAUCAAGUCGUUCUUCCCGAUGGGCGUCAACCCUGCCGACGCCCCACCGCCACCACCGUCGUCCGUGCAGUUCCAGAGCUACCACCACCACCACCAACACCCACCGGAUUUGUUGUCAAGAACCAGUAGCCAGAGCCAAGAUCUUCGCCUCUCCCUGCAAUCGUUCCAAGACCCUGUCUUGCUGCGACCCCAGUCGCACGACCAUCAUGUCGUCUUCUCCGGAACUCCGCAGCUAGGGUUUGAUUCGUCGCCCGCCGCUUCUCUGUGGCCUUCCGAGCACACCCACCACAACACCAACCCAGCUUCAGACAUCGGAAGGUACCACAGGAUUGCGCCGUGGAGCGUAGGCGGAAGCAACGGUGGCGGAGGCGGCGGCGGGUUCAUGUUCUCCCCGCCGCCGCCUGAGGCGGCCACAGCGGCGGCGCAGCCGCUGUUUGGCCAAGGCCAGCUUUUCACACAGAGGGGACCCCUUCAGUCCAGUAACUUGCCCGUGAUUCGUGCUUGGAUCGACCCGACACUAUCAUCGUCCGAUCAUCAUCACCAAAUGCAGCAUUCCAUCCAUCCAAUUUCACCCUCCGGAUUUGCGUCCGGCGUGUUCCCCGGGUAUCACAUUCCGGCACGGAUCCAAGGGCAAGACGGAGAGCACGACGGCAUUCUCGACAAGCCGUCCUCUGCUUCCUCCGAUUCCCACCAUUGAACCAGAGCAUUAAAAAAAACAGAAACUCAACUUUCUCUCCCUGAUUGCAGGAAAACGUUGUCAGCAAUAAUUGUGCUUUUCCUGAUCAAGACGAACAAGAACGAGCAACUUUAGCAGAUUGGUAGCUGGGAGAGAAAUUGGGUACAUUUGGAGUUUGAUGGUGAAGCAAAACCACAUGGGAGGGAAAUUCUCAAGAGAUUUCAUCAUCUCGGGCGUUUUCAAUCCCUGGUUUGUUUUACGUAUCUAUAUGUUGGUACUGUUUCUAGCACUUUUUUCCACUGUCACGUUCAAGUUGGCUGUAUUGACAUUUGAGCUCAACUUUCGUUUGAUGUUUUGACUCUAUUUUGAACUUGGACCAGUAUGUGUUUCUGUUCCCAGAGUUGAUGUAUGUCAUUCCUGUUCGCUUUUUAGUGAAGCGGUUGUGCUGUAA